AGUAGCAAGCAGAACAAUCUGCUGCAGAUACAUUUGUAUUCAUAGUUUAUUUAUUAGAUGCAUUUAUUGUUUGACAGGCAGCUGCACAGUGAUUUUUAUUUACAUUUAAGAAUUAAACAAACUCAAACAAAUUGAUAUAAAAGUGUGUCGAAAAUAUAUAAAUAAAUAACGAAUCCAUAACAUGUUUAAUUGGGAAAAAUUAAUGGUUUAAUCACCAAGCAACUUCGAAAUGUGCAAAUAUUGAUCGCGGAACAGUUGCAGCAUUUGCCGAGAAAAUUUAAAAGUAAAGAUGUUACACUAAUGAUACUCUUUGAAUUAUCAUCUACGUUAUCGAAAUAGUGAAUUGAGAAAUGUUUAAAUGAAUCUCUAGUUGUGUCCGUAAUAAUAAUAUCGAAUCGCUGUUGAAAAAAUCUGCACUGAAAAAUCAAUAAACGCAAAGGAGACACUGCGACAGGCACGAAAGGAAAUACAUAUGUACAAAUGUAGAUAGUGAUGAUGCCCGCUUCUGACGAAGGAAUGCGACAAAGCUGAAUAGUUGUUACGAAUUAAACUCGUAGGAGCUGACGUUUAUUCACGUACAUAUGUAUGUAUGUAGGUAUAUGUACAUACAUAUAUUUUAUUAGCAGACAAAAGCAUGAAGGAAAGCAAAAUUGACAAUUGCCAUUUCGCCUGGACAUUAUAAUCAUUGAAUAAAUAUAAACAAUACGUACAUGACAAUGUCAACCUAGACUACAGCGCGAUACUAAAGGAAGCGUUUUGUUUAUACUUGUGCAUAUGUGCGCAUCCACAUGCUAAUAUUCCUAAAUGUGUAUGUGUGCGUGUUUCUGUGACUGCCUGUCACUUCCAGACACACUACGCUACUGCCUGCAAAUAAUAGUACAAGCGCACCUACAAUCACUCGGUCGGCGCAGUGUGGAGAAACUACAAUACUACUAAUCUACGUAGAUAAAUAGAUACAUACAUAUGUAUGUACAUUGUGCAAACCCAUAGCCAAGCAAACAGUGUACGCGGUGGCUGCGGUGGAAUUUUGCGCUAUUGACCGAAUAAAAUAAAAUAAGCACUGUGCUUUAAGCAGAGGAAGUCUCCAGUUCAACAAACAACUCACCCUGCACAGGCUUGGCCCACAUAAAAUUCUACGAAUAAUUGAAUAUAAGUGAAAACAAAUCAACGAUUGGAGAUAAGCUGCAGCGGUAGCGGGUGAACGCCGGCAAUGUGGCGCUACUUGAAUACGCUGGGGAUGGUAUGAAGGCUGAUGAUGUGAUCGUUGACGCCUGAUUGGGUGUUUUCGUAGUAACGCGUUGCUACACACAUACAUUUAUUUCAGCUUCCGAAUAUGCACUCAUGUGUAACAACAAAACACUUGUACAUGUAUUGUAAUAGUGAGAAUAAACAAUUUUGCUUUCAACAAUAAUAGUACGUACGUAUAAUAAAUAAGCCCAAUUUUCAAGCAUACAAUAAAUCCAUUGCAAAUAGUCGAGGCGGAGGUAUUUCAUAGCAUCGAAAAUAAAAGAUAAUCCAAAGGCCUAAAGGUCAAAUUUCGCAGAUUGUCAAUUACGUUACGGCAGCUUCCUCGUCACCGAACAUAUUGGAUUUCCAUUGAGAAAUGUCAUUGCGGGUAUAAUACUGACAUUAGGCAAUCACCACAAUAGCUUAGCAGCACAGUAUUUAACAUAGUGAUUGGGGUUGAGCGCGGUUGAGCGCUAAACAGUGUCAUCAGAGACUAUGGUUAAGUCAUUGGUUUCGAAGCUAUCGGCCGCAUCAUCAAAUCUAUCGCUCGCUUCAACGCUCUCCUCGGUUGGUGUGGGCAGCGGCAGUAGCGGUGUGCAGGAGACGAAUUACGCAAAACAUCGCAAUGAUCCAGGUCGAUUUUUCGGCGAUGGCGUUCAAUUCAAGGCGAAGCUUAUUGGCAUACUCGAAGUGGGCGAGGCGCGCGGCGAUCGCAUGUGUCAAGAAGCCCUACAAGAUCUUAAAAUAGCCAUUCGCGCAGCCGGCGAACAUAAACAACGCAUAACGAUACACGUGACAAUCGAUGGGCUGAGACUGCGCGAUGAAAAAACAGGAGAUUCCCUCUAUCACCAUCCGGUGCACAAAAUAUCCUUCAUUGCGCAGGAUAUGACCGAUUCACGAGCGUUUGGCUAUAUAUUUGGUUCACCGGACAGUGGUCACCGUUUCUUUGGUAUAAAGACUGAUAAAGCGGCUAGUCAGGUCGUGCUGGCAAUGCGCGAUCUCUUUCAGGUUGUUUUCGAAUUGAAGAAGAAAGAAAUCGAAUUGGCGCGGCAGCAAAUACAAUCGAAAUCCAUACAUGAACAUCAGCUUGCCUCAUUGUCGUCGCUAAAGUCCGCCGCAGGCGGUAUUGGCACCGGCUUGGGUGCUCAUAAUGAUCUUAGCGGCAGCGGAGGGGUCGGAGGUGGUAGCACGCUGUCCAUGUUAAGUGGCAUUGGCGGACAAAGUCGUGCAACAGCCUCAAAUAGGUUGGGUGUUAAUUUGGAUAGCAAGGGAGCAGCGAAAGAGAUGUCACCCGAAUCAGUAGCCGAUUUGGUUGAUUUGGAGCAAGAGUUGAGCUCCUUGCAACGCGGCAUCACACAAAUGGAACGCAUCACACCCAACGAGCCGGGGCAACCCACAGUAGCCGGCGUCUCUGGGAAGUCAGUUAACGAAGACGAUCCUUUUGGAGACUCAUUUACCAACUUUCCCACUUACAAUCUCUUGCCACCUCCAGAAUCGGGACGCUCACGCCAUAAGCCCACUAAGCCGACUGAUACGGCAGUAAAUCAAACAACAACAUCAGUGAGCGCUGGUCAAAAUGUUACUCUCUCCUCCUUACUUUCGCCUGCGCCGGUCUUGAACACUUCCACCGGCACUCUGCAACAAGACGAUGACGACAGUUGGCUGCAUGAACUGGACCAGCAAAACGAUGUAUUUGACACUUCAAAAGCGGGCAGUAUGAGCAUAGGUGUUGGCCUGCCAAUGGCACCACUGGCCCCGAGCGAAUCGACGUCGACACCUACACAACAAUUGAGCGAACAUUCGACACUCGUCGAUGUUGAAGCAGCUGCCAAUGCGGCAACCAACGCGAACAUGCAACCGUCCGGCGGAGCUGCGGCAUCGACCUCAGCAUCCACUUUGGGCGUCACAUCGUCUUCGCCGACACCGAUUUUGGGCGAUGGACCGCCACAGGCAGCCGCGAGUGCUGCAGUGAAGUCAGAUGCUUUUACAGAUUUGGAUCCAUUAGGCACGGGUCGCACACGUCCCUAUGUCGAUAAGAAAUACUUCUUCCAAGAGCUUAAAAACCCACCCAAAAAAGUUCUCAACGACCUGUCUUCAGGUGGCAACGGCACUGUAGACAUAACAGCAACAGGUGUGCACUACACGGCCGCCUCGGCGGUGGUCGAUGAGUUUCUGAGCAAAGAGGGUCUCUUCGAGGAUGCCCUAACCGCCGGUAUGGACGAGCAAGGCGAAGUGGCUCAGCAGAUGCAGCCGCCACAGCUGCAUGCGGCGCAGCAGACACAGCAUUCUCUAUCAGCACCACUUAAUAUUACUAACACUACUCAUGCAUCAGGUAUAGCCGGCUUGAAAACAGCCUUGAACACUAACAAAACAGUAGUUAAUAUAACGGCGUCUGCAACAGCAGCAGCAACAGCAACUACAACAACUUUACUAAUCGGUGUGCUCGCACCACCAUGCACGGUUAACAUUUGCACCUGCACCAUAAGCAGUACGAAAUACACGAGCACCGCUUCUAAUGUUGUUGUACCCAGACUAACGAAUACUAACCACCAACUAGCGUCUAGCAACAGUUUACUAACAACCUCUACCUACUCUACUAAUUCCACAACAGCUUCUACUUUAAGAAUGCACCAUUACCAGCCGACUUUAUCGUCGGCAACGUCUUCGUGCACUACAACAAACAUACCCACUAAUCUCCAUUUAAAUCAUUACACUUUAGACUCCACGGCGACUGCUGCUGGAACAACUGACGAUGUUGUGAUGAUGCCGCGUGACACCGAUCCUUUCUCACCCACACGUAAGAAGAGUGAUCCAUUUCAGGAGGGCGGUGACGUGUUUGCCAAAUUGGACCCAUUCGAAUUUGAAUUCAACAGCGGCGACGCCACUAACCAACGUAGCUCUCCAACCGCCAGCGCGGAGACCUCUCGUCCUGCGGAUGUUUUUAAUGGUCCGCUGCAAGUUAGCUUGCCCCCGGAGAGCAGCCUUUCGCCCACGUUAGCACAGCCGCUAAGCACAGCAGCGCAAUGGCGUGCUGAUGUAGCGCGCUUAGAGCGUCAAAUGAACGAACCGGUAGCAGCGAUGGGCAACGGAAGUGCCAUACCGGCAGUUGGUGUCAAUAGCACGGUGCGCCUGAGGCCCACACCUUCCGGGCAGGUCUCAUCAGUUGGUCAGCCUUCUUCCGUAUUUAAGCAGCAGACAGCGGACGUAAUAUCGAGCAUUAGCAAUAAGAAGAUGCCACACUUAUUUGGACAGGCACGUUUCUCCAAGCGUGAAUCGAAUAGUAUUAAUAUGUGCCGUUUACAGGAGAGUGACUCACUAAGCGAGAACGAGGCGGCACCAGAGCCACCACCACGUCCGGAUUCAGCAUUACAUGCGGAGCCGCCGCCAUUGCCGCCCAAGAAACAGUUCAAUGAUAUUGUUAUACGCCCGCGUGUGACGUCCGGUAAUGCAGUGCCUCCCAGCGUCGCGCCGCCGUCUGUGAGUAGUCGUUAUGAGUUCGUUAAUACAACGUCGAAGUCUUUACGCGGCGCUAAUUCCGAAGUUCCACCGAUACCAUUGCCAUCACGUCGUGUUGGUCGUUCUGAUGGCACCUACCCGGGGCCUGGUCGACCACGUAAGCCUGGACAUACCGACGAUGAUUACUUGGCGCCUAUUAGUGGUAUCGGUAGCAUUGCGAAUGCAGCUGCGGGAGAUGUGCCACCACUCCUGCCACCUCCCACGCAAAUUUCAACACGCAACCGUGCUCAACGCCAGCAAUCGCUUUCUAAGCCACAGGAUAUCUACGAGAAUAAAUUGGAGAUUUUGCAACAGCAGCAGCAACAACAACAGCAGAAACGACAACAAGCGCUAACUGAUGGUGGUGCCGAACCAAACGUGGCAACGGCGUCUCUCAUACCCGACAUCACACUGAGCCAGCUUAUGACUCUAAGUUUGGAUGAGCUGGCAGUGAAGUUGAAUGUGCCAGUGAGCAAGCUGAGCACCAUGACAUUGGUAGAACUAACAUCGUAUCUCUCGGAAUUCAUUGAGAAGUCAAAGCCACAGCGCGAGCAAGGGCUGCCUAGCCAUAUGAGUCCUCUGCCGACCCGUCGUUUAGAAAUGAAAUCCAUUAAGGCGGAGUCAUCACCUCUACCGACUCAACCAACAGUGUUUAAGGUGAACUUUGAUCAGCAAGCGACAUUUGUGGCAAAAUUCGACGAUACAUUUGGCGAGGACUUCUCCACUCACACCGCCGAUGGGCAAGGGCAAGACGCUUUUGCAAAUUUUGAGCAGUUUAACGAGCCACCCGUUGCACCACCUCCAAUAUUCACGGAUACUAGCCAAAGCGCACCAAUUGUGCCAUCAGCCGAUCGAUAUGCGGUUUUCCGUGAGAUCAUCGAUAAAGAGCUGCAAGAGCAACAGGAAAACGCGGACCUAAUUGGCGAAGUGAUUAACGAGAACGAAGACGCCGGCGGAGGCAUUAUAUCUGGUACUGAUGUUGGAGGCAUUGCUGCAGUAGCAGAUGACAUUGGUGCGCACUUCGAGGCUAACUUUGAUGAUGACGAUUUUCUUACGUCCUCAGGGGGUCCACAAGUGCAACCACCAAAGAUUGAUACGAAAAUAACGGAAGUAGUGGCACAAGCAAAGGAUCGGUAUGCUGCGCUACGCGAUAUAAUUCUUGUCGAAAAUCUUUUCGACAAUAAGAGGCCAGCGGCUUUACAGGCAUCUCAGGAGUUCCCCGAAUUCAGUGACGAGUUCAAUGAAGAUCAAGACCUUAAGCAUAUAAUGGAUGGGCGUGCCAGCAGCAUUGGGCCCGACCGCUUAGGUUUAGUCGACAGUCGCGGAUUACCAGCGGAGCCUUCCUCAUCCGCAUUGACGGUCGAGGACGACGAUGAAGAUGAUGAUGGCGGAGCCGAAAGUAGUUUGGACAGCAAUGAUAAAGAAACUCGUGUAGCUGCUGCAGCACAAGAUAAAUACGAAAAGCUGUCGACAUCCACACAACAAUUGGAUGGUGAAAAAUCUGAUAAGUUAGAUUUGAAUGGCAGCCAACCUGAACGCUGCGCCUCACAACCUUCCCCAAAUUUAUUGAAUGCCAAACAGGAUAAUAAAUUUUUAACAGUUGCGGGCAGCAGCGGACUCUCCUCGUCCAAGGAUGACUUGGAAAUUGAUGAACUUAUGCAACGUGCCAUAUCUAAUUUAUCUUUGGAUUCUCGCGAACGCAUCUCCCCUGCGAAUUCAGCGACCAAUAUGCCCACAGUAAUCGUGACAUCAGGCAACUCCAUAGCCUUGCCACGGCCAAAUGCUGCACUCUCGUCUCAGGCGCAGUUUAAUGACGUUAGCACAUCACCUAUCCCCUUACAGAAGUCUCCGACACCAGGCGUUGCCCAGCAGCAACAGAGGUCACCACUGAGCAAAUCGCCACAGCCAUCACCAGUCUUAUCCCAACUAUCCGCUGUCUCGAACCUAAUUGACACCGCUACAAAGCAAAUCAACAUUGGAAGCAGUUUGCAACAAGAACCUGAAGUAAAACAUUCUAAGGAAUUUUGGGCGACUUUCGACUCACCUAAGCCAAAUAUCGAAAAAGUAGAUAAACGCGGCAGGGCUGCGGCGAAGUCUACGAUGAAGAAUUCAUUGUUACAUUUACCACCUCCGCCGCCUUCGAACACCUCACAGAACGAUACAGCGGAAUCACCAUGUUCGUCUGAUCCACGUGAUUAUGGUUGGAGUAAGAGCACGGGGGUCAGUCGUCGUUGGCCAAAGAAAGAACGUCAUCAGACUUCGUCUUCGUCUCGGGAUAUCAGUCCAUGUGAUGAUGAGCCGUCUGAUUUUCAAAAGCCAAAACGCAUUCCUAGUGGAGUGCCCGCAAUACCGCCGCCAUCUUCAGAUCGGCAUGGCUAUUAUGUGAGACACACCCGCCGCUUGAACUCUUGUGAUGAGGAUUAUGACUACGAGGAGGAGUUCAACACACGACGUGAUCAUCGUAAACUAAAGCCGGGACUUUCGCGUAGCCGAGAUAACUUCGAUUUAGAAUCUCCCAGUUGGUACCGUCAUGCUCCACACCACACCUGGUCGCCGCAGGAUAUGGAGCAAGCAGCAGGUAUGCGCGCACGAGCUUUCGAACGUAGCGCUUAUGAACGCACCACAUACGGCCCUCCCGUCUACGACAAACGCGGCGUUGCGCUGCCGCCUAAUGCGUCUUCAAGUUAUGAUCGUCGUAGUGGCUACGACAAACGCAGCAAAUAUUAUCGUGAUUACGCUCGUCCAAAUUACGAUUUUGAUGAUUACGGCGAUUCACCCCAUGAACGUUAUCGCGAUGCAGGAAGUUUCGAGAAACCAAAGGUUGGACGACGUUCCGACUAUGAAAAUAUUUACGAUGAGGGUCGCUCACCCAUGAGUGGAAUAAUCGGCAGUAGUGGCGGUGGCAGCAGUGGUUAUAAGACACGCGGUGGGGAUUACAUGUACGAUAGAGAGCGUAAAUCCUUCGAUCGCGAAAGCGUCGAAUCGUUUGAGAGCGCUACCCGACGUCGGCGCAGUUUCGGAAGUGGCGACGUGUAUGGAAGUAUGGAAAGUCACGAAGAAUUCCGCGAACGUUAUGGACCGGAGAAAACACGGUCACUGCGAAAGGGCAUGAAGUUGCGCGCUACGGGCGAUAUUGAGUACGAGCAAGAUUCGGAGAAUGAUUUUCAUCAGCGCACACGCAUGAGCGGCGGUGGAAGUAGUGUAAAUGUUCCGGAUACGCGCAGUUUACAGCGCCCGAGCCAACUGAUAUCCAGUAAUACGGGAAGCACCAUGAGCAUGGGGCCCGGACAACCACGGGCACGUAAAAGUAGCGGUUCAAGUCCUUGGGAUGGUGAAGAGCCACCGUUGCCAGGUCAAAAAUCUUGGAAACGUCCUUCAAGUGCUGCCGACUCAGAACGACGACUGGCUGAAAGCAGACGGGUAGCCGCACUCGGACAGACACCCUCCGGCUCUGAUGGAGAAAAGGAUCGCAGGUUCCGCAAAAAGCAACGGUCACGUGGCAAAGAUAUUCCUUAUAGCAGCUCGGGCCUACCACCGUCCAAUACCAGUAGUCGAUAUAGUGGCACUGUUGCCGCAACAACUCAUCCUCGUGACAAUUACGAUUAUAUAACAUACGACGAUGACGAUGUCGGUGAUGAGGAAGACUAUGCGGAUGAGGACUAUGACGAGCCGCCCACAGAUGAGGACAAAUUCGAACGCUUGAAUAGGCGUCGCCAUGAAAUGCAUCAACGUAUGUUGGAGAGCGAACGCAGACAACAUUCGAUGGGAAAAGUGCCCAUUAGUUCCCUCAAAUGCAGUGCUCCGACGGCGGCAACAAAGAAAUAUCCCACAAGAGGCGGCGAAUAUGAUUUCGACGAUUAUGAGCAAUCACCAACGUCGCGUUCGAAUGCCAGCGCCAGCUUGGCAAGCGCCGCCAGCUCUUACAUAGCUACGGCUGGUGUCGGUGGCAGUGCUGGUAGUGCUACAAAAUUUAGCUUUGAUGGUGGCUUUGAAUCGGACUUCAACCAAAGCUCUCCACCGCCGGCACCCGCUGGCACUGCAUCCAGCUGCAAUUCCACCCCCGCUGCCACUACAGCAAGUGCAUGCGUUACACCGGCGACCAAGUCGUCCUUCCGCUUCUCGAAUGAUUUCUCCGAACGAGACAAAUUGCACGGCUUCCCACAUAACUCCAACAGUGUAAGCAGUGCGCAACCGUUGGACUUGGACAAUACGCAAUCACCAGCACCGCAUGCAAUGCCCCCAAUCAUCACACAAAAGUUACGUUUCGACGAUAAUGUCAAAGUUUCACAAUUCGACGACGCUGCCUUCGAAGAUGACUUCUCGAAUGCACAAUUCGACUUCGAAAAGGAGGACCAAUGGCACGCGGACUCAUUGCAAAGCGCCAGCAGCGCCGCACUCAUGACCACCGCUGCGAAAAAACACAAUCUGCGAAACAGCAAACUGCAGCAGAGACAGGAACUGAUCAAAAAAUCUGAAUCGAUUAACAUUUUCGGCAAGAAAUCUGAGGAUCCUUUCGAGGACGAUGAGUUCUUCAAGGCGCCGGGCGGCGAAGGCGCAUUAGCCAACAACAAUAACAACAAUAGCAAUGGACAGCAGUUGAGUAAAACAGGUGCGGGCAACGGCAGCAGCUUUCAAUGUGACGACGACUUCAACUUCGCCAAAUUCGACGAAAAUAUGUGAUUUGAUCAAUUGUUUGCAAGGAACGCCCGAACCGAGCAUGUAACAAAACAACAAAAGCCAACCGCCAAUAUUAGUGACACGCUAAACGUUGAAGUGCCCGGCGUUUGCAACGAGUCUACGCAUCGGACUCGUGUUAAAGGCGUUGGCACGAAGCCGCAAAGCGACGAGGAAGACGAAGAUGACAAUUAUGCAGAGAUCAAUGUGAUUGCCGAUCACGAUUACUAUUAUAUAACCAAUUUAAAUGAUUACUACUAUCAGCAGCAGCAGGAACAACAGAAGCAACAACAAAUACAAACACAACUACAACAAUCGAACAGUUCGGCGGCACUGUGCGCGAUCGCCGCCGACCAAGGUGUGCACGCUAACGGUAUGGUGCGCAAAGAAAACGGUUUUCUCACGCAAAGGCAACACCAACAACAACAACAUCAACAACAAUACGAAAGCCUUAAAGGCACACUGCUGCGGAAUACGAAAAAGUGUCGACGUAAAAUUGUUUCGCUAAAUUUUCUCAUGAAAAACUUGAUUAUGUACCGCCUCAAAUAUGACAUUCUAUAGGACGGGGCAUAUGCGUUUAACGCUUGUAACUACAAAUAUUUGCAAGCUGUCAUACUCACAUACAUAUGUACAUGUAAAGCCCGAAUAUGCUUUAUGGACGGUCCUUCUUCGCGCACACAAGCUUUUGCGGUUUCGCGCAUUUACUAAUGGCCAUGUGUAGUUGUUGUUGUUGUUUUUUUCUUGUUUUAUACUCACCAAUUGUUUGUAAAUAAUGCAACCAAAUUGUAAUCAAAAGUACUCAUCGCAAGUCGCUGCUAGUUCUAUGUGGCAUACUAGAUUAAUAUACAUAUACAUACAUACAUAUGUAAUUAUGCAUUUCAGUCUGAGCGCUGCUUUCCUUUCAGAUUGUGCUUUCAUAAUCUGAUUUGUAAUUAAACUGUGUUAUUUUUUCAUUAUGCUUAUUAUUUGACUAAUUUGGCUAAUAGCAAUAAGUAUUCAGAAUUCCGGCGACGUGAGUGUGCGUGUGCGUGUAUAUAAUGAUAAUGAAAUCAAACUUACUAAAUAAGCAAUGUUUAUCUAACUUUAUAUAUCUAUGUGUACAUAUAUACAGAUUUAGUUAAUACAAAAAAACAUACAUACAUAUACACACAUACAUAUGUGUAUGUGCGUUGGGGAGCAUGGAUGUAAAGGUGAAAUACUCCGAAGCGAGCAUUAUAACGGCAAACGAAAUGUUAUCAGGUUGAAAAGCGUAAAACUAAAUUAAUUAUUGCAAUUACAUACCUACAUACAUACAUAUAAACUAUUAUAGACAAGCGUCAAGCGAAUAUGAUGAGAAGCCAUAGUUCCAAGUAUCCAAACAUCACUCAGUUAGCAAAUCUACAAUAAAUAAUUAAGAAUGAAAUCUAGUUAAAAUCAUUGCAACUUAACUGUAAAUUAAACAUGCAUACAUAUAUACAUACUGGCAUACAUACAUACAUAUGUAUAUGCAUAUAGCGCGCGGUAAAUAACCAAAAGAAUUGAACAAAACCGGCACACUGUUAAACUAACACCACAACAACAAUAACAAUAGCAAUAGCAACUAAAUAAUUAAUAAUUAAAGAGUUGAAAAUUUCAGUUUUUCCUUAAACAAUUCACCGAAGUGUUUGCAGUUAUAGAACCUUACUGAGCAGCACACUCAAUCCAACCGACAGCGCCGCUCGGCAACUCGGCAAAAAUUAAAAAUAACUAAAAUUAGCAUUAUGCCAAUAAGAAAUUCAAAUGAUGAUUACGAUUAUGAUUACAGCCAAGUAGUUACGAACAAAAUUAUGCUUACAUACGUACAUAAAACACUCAUUAACUCUUAAACUAAGUAAAUUUAGUUAAUUAAAACUACUCAUUUAGUGUAAUGAACUAACAGGAAACAAGAGGAGCUAAAAAAUCGAGCAAUAUAUGCAAAUAAACAAUAUAUAACUAAUAAUAACUGUAAUAUACCUAUGUAUGUGUGAAACUACUAUACUUACAAACACAAAUAUGUAUACCGAUUAAACCAUUUAUGAAAUUGAGUCAAGGCAAUAUGAUUGGAAACUGAUGCAUACUCACUCACGUGUAAGACGACGACGAUGCGGCACUGCGUCCAAGCGCAGUCAGUAUUUCUCUUGUUUGUUCUAAGAAGAUCGAAAAAAAAUAAAUAAAACAUGUAACGACAAAUAUACAUACCAAUUAAGAAUAAAUAUACAGUAUCUAAUUCAA